ACGCAUGGGUGGGGCUUACGGUUUCAAAGCAUACAAUUGGUAGAUUUGCUUGCAUACUGGUCUCCCUUUUGACCAAUGAAAUCAUCGUCAAACAUUCAUUACGUCAAUGCACAAAUCAGAAAAGGCUGGUUCCUCCUUUUAAAAUGUACAUAAGAGUCCAAUAAAUACACAGUGUUUCUGCGUUUAGCUUAUUUAGAACUAUUUCAAAAUGCCUGAACCAGCGAAGACUGCACCCAAGAAGGGCUCCAAAAAGGCGGUGACUAAAACCGCCGGCAAAGGAGGAAAGAAGCGUAAGAGGACCAGGAAGGAGAGCUAUGCUAUCUACGUGUACAAAGUGUUGAAGCAGGUCCAUCCUGACACUGGAAUAUCCUCGAAGGCGAUGGGCAUCAUGAACUCAUUUGUUAAUGACAUCUUCGAGCGCAUCGCCGGUGAAGCUUCCCGUCUCGCUCACUACAACAAGCGCUCCACCAUCACAUCGAGAGAGAUCCAGACCGCCGUCCGUCUGCUGCUGCCCGGUGAGCUGGCUAAACACGCCGUGUCUGAGGGCACAAAGGCCGUCACCAAGUACACCAGCUCCAAGUAAAGCGCAGAGACGACUUCUGCAACCCCAAAGGCUCUUUUAAGAGCCACCCAUACGUUCUUUAAAUGAGCUUAUCUUAAAAGCAGUGUUAUUUGUGUACUUGAAAGAACACUCAUCGAUUUAUUUAUGCUUGUAAACAUUGACUUG